GAUAUCAAUUUGUCUACUCCAAUGAAAUCUGUGAUCAACCCAUUAGGAGCAUUUAAUGGCAAUGUAAGUUUUCCUAUCCCAAGCUUAGAUAACUACUGUGAACAGCCAAUGUUUUGAUGCAUUUCUCCUGAAUGACAAUAAUACAACAAGCUGAGUAAGAAAAAAAUGCAGAAAUGCUUUCUGAUGCAUUCAUAAGUUAUUAUUUUCAUAUCUUCUGUUAUCAUUGAUGUUUUUGAUGGCACAAUUUUCCAAAACAUAUUUUUAGCUGUGCCAGUUUUUCUUCAACCUCAAUUUCAAUGUCACAACCACCCAAUAAAAUCAUUAAAAUGUUUAAACUUCUCCAGUAGUUUUGUGGGUACGUGACCUGUAAUAAAGAUGGAUGUUUCAUUCAUUCAUUCAUUCAUUCAUUCAUUCAUAUCAUUAGAAGCUCAGGUUUCUUUAAGAGCACAUUUCUCAGCCUCUAGGUUUUUUCCUCAGCAUCUCUAGCACAAAACAGACAUCAGAAACAGAGUUUGUGUCUCAUCCAGGUGCAGUCUGUGAUUCAGAAAUGGGCAUUUCAUACUCAUAAGAAGUUCCUAUCAGAGGGGACUCUGCUCAACUCUUCUCUUCCCUUAAGUCUAUAUACCCAAAAAUCCUUUGCCAUACGAAGGAAGCUCCUUGACAUCUCCCAGAAAAAAUUCCCCCAGCUGAUCAGAGGCUGCUGAAUCCUGUCCCAGCAGCAAGUAUGCAUCGUAAGUAAAAUAUGCAGCAGCAUCUGGCCAGCAACGGAGGCAGGUACCAGACAGUUGUACGGGGACAGCCCAGAGAAGUACUCCAAGCAGAGAUGCUGUAGCCAUGAGAACCAGAAAAAAAAGCAGCACUUCCUGUGCAAAGCUGACAUCAGCAAUGCCUUUAUCUCGGCAGCUUCUAACAUCACUUCCUGUUCUAUUCCUAGCAUCACAAAUGCUCACACCCAUGGCUUAGUGAUUUGUUCUCUCUCCUUGGCAACGUUUCCUUGUGACAUGGAGGUAGCCAUCGUCCUGCAAUUCCGGACUUCAGGGCUGAGGUUGCCUUGGUUACAGUUUGCAGUCCUGUAAACUGUUUGCCAUGUCAUGGUGCUCCAGUUCCUGCUGGCUUUCCUCCUUUGGCUCUCAUUCCUCCAGGGAGUGGCCAGCUGCCUUCAGUGUGACCCCCGUUUCUUGAAAUCAGUGGCAACUCUGCUGAAGGAGACACUGCCAGAAGAUCUUCCAAACCGUGAUUCCCUGAUGGCGCGGCACAUCCAGGCCUUGGCAGAUCUGCAUGGCACCUUCCUUCGGAGGAAUUACGAGCGAGUGCUAGAUGUCCGAGGAGUGAUGGUGAUCAAAUUAGACAUUAUUAGCCAGCUGAGAACCAUCAAGAGUAAGCAGUGGAAAGGAGUUUUUCUGUGGCAGCUCUCUAUGUACCAGCUACGCUUAGCCCUGAGAAAGAAGAUUCACCAGAUUCUGGAGAAAUUUGCUGAUCUUGCUUGUUCAGAGGACUGUACAGUGAUAGAAGGACCUGUUCUGGACUGCUGGACAUGUCUGCGUAUCACCACACAGUGUUUCGAUGGAGAAGUUUGUGGAGUGGAAGACAGACGUCUCGCUGAAUACAAUGAAAUUGUUCUUUAUGUGUUCCUUGUUUGCGAGUCUGUGAUAUUAACCUCAAUCAUACUUGUGUGAGUAAACACCUCUGCCAAGUCCUAUGAAUUUUCCCAAAUAAUCAGGAAUAUACAUUGUUAGGUUAAUUCUCCUUACUUACCUUUGUUCCUAAAGAAACCACAGGGUAUUAGUGAAAUGGAUUUUCUUGUAAAACUGGUGAUUAUGCUUACCUCCUAAAGGACAAGGCCACUCUCCCUAUUCCAUGCAUCUCUGGAAGAGUUUCUGUACAAGCACAGAAUUAAAAUUUAUAAAAUGAACAGUUUGAUCUUUAAAACAAAAGUAAAAAAGCAAGAGUCUAGUCUUCUUAGUUUCAAAGUACAGUUUCUCAGUCUUGGCAGCUUUAAGAUGUGUGGACUUCAACUCCCAGAAUU